AUGACCAGGUCUUCGUCGUCGUCACUGGCCGUGGAAACGGGAAGCGCUGACCCAAGACAAUCGUCUUCGAAUCACGUGGACCCAGCUGCUGCAACCACCGAGGAGGCUUCCCAAGCGGCAUCUCAACAAGACUGCAAGGCACAUGACGAGCUGCCCUUUAUGCUGGCGCGCUACUUGAACGAAGUCCGAUGGGACGAGAUCCCUGCGACGGAAAAGAUCUACCGAGACUCUCUCUAG